ACUUCCACUUUCAGUUGUGAAAAAAAAAAAAGCAAACCAGGAAGUGAAGUCCCCGAGCACGUUAGAAAGCCUGACAUGGCCUGACUCGGGACAGCUCAGAGCGGGGCAGAACUGGGGACGCUCUGGACCACCCUUCUGCCUGCAUGGAUGCUCCAAAGCCACCCUGUCUCUGGAGGAACCGGGAGUGAGGGAAGAAGGGCAGGGAGUGGUGUGCCAGGAAGAACUCGGAGCCAGGAAGCCCCCGUUCUCUAGAAGCACUGAGAGAUGCGGCCCCCUCACAGGGUCUGAAUUUCCUGCUGCUAUUCACAAAGAUGCUUUUUAUCUUUAAUUUUUUGUUUUCCCCACUCCCGACCACGGCGUUGGUCUGCAUCCUGACAUUUGGAGCUGCCAUUUUCCUGUGGCUGAUCAGCAGACCUCAACCUGUCUUACCUCUUUUCGACCUGAACAAACAGUCUGUGGGAAUUAAGGGAGGAGCGCGGAAGGGUGCUUCCCAGGAGAACAAUGACCUAAUACGUUACUACUUCUCAGAUGCCAAGACUAUGUAUGAGGUUUUCCAAAGAGGACUCGCUGUGUCUGACAAUGGGCCCUGCUUGGGAUACAGAAAACCAAACCAGCCCUACAGAUGGCUAUCCUACAAACAGGUGUCUGAUAGAGCGGAGUACCUGGGUUCCUAUCUCUUGCAUAAAGGAUAUAAACCAUCACCGGACCAAUUUGUUGGCAUCUUUGCUCAGAAUAGGCCAGAGUGGAUCAUCUCCGAAUUGGCUUGUUACACAUACUCCAUGGUAGCCGUACCUCUGUAUGACACCUUGGGAGCAGAAGCCAUCAUACAUAUUGUCAACAAGGCUGAUAUCUCCACGGUGAUCUGUGACACACCCCAAAAGGCAUCCGUCCUGAUAGAGAAUGUAGAGAAAGGCUUAACCCCAGGCCUGAAGGUGGUCAUCCUUAUGGACCCCUUUGAUGAUGACCUGAAGCAAAGAGGGGAGAAGAGUGGAACUGAGAUCUUAUCCCUGUUUGAUGCUGAGAACCUAGGCAAAGAGAACUUCAGGAAACCUGUGCCUCCUAGCCCAGAAGACCUGAGCAUCAUCUGCUUCACCAGUGGGACCACAGGUGACCCCAAAGGAGCUAUGAUAACCCAUCAAAAUAUCGUUUCAAAUGCUGCUGCCUUUCUCAAAUGUGUGGAGCAUGCUUUAGAGGUCACUACCGACGAUGUGACCAUAUCCUACCUCCCCCUGGCUCAUAUGUUUGAGAGAAUUGUACAGACUGUUUUUUACUCCUGUGGAGCCAGAGUUGGAUUCUUCCAAGGGGAUAUUCGGUUGCUGCCUGAAGACAUGAAGAUUUUGAAGCCCACAGUGUUUCCCACAGUGCCUCGACUCCUUAACAGGAUCUACGAUAAGGUACAAAAUGAAGCCAAGACACCGUUGAAGAAGUUCUUGCUGAAUUUGGCUGUUGCCAGUAAAUUCAAGGAAGUUCAAAAGGGUAUCAUCAGGCAUGACAGUUUGUGGGACAAGUUCAUCUUUAAAAAGAUCCAGGCCAGCCUGGGCGGGAGGGUUCGCUUCAUGAUCACCGCAGCUGCCCCCAUCUCUGCUCCCGUCAUGACGUUCUUCCGGGCAGCAAUGGGAUGUCACGUGUAUGAAGCAUAUGGUCAAACAGAAUGCACAGCUGGUUGUACAAUGACAUUACCUGGGGACUGGACAUCAGGUCACGUUGGAGCACCCCUCGCCUGCAAUUAUGUGAAGCUGGAAGAUGUGGCUGAUAUGAACUACUUUUCAGUGAAUAAUGAAGGAGAGAUCCGCAUCAAGGGUACCAACGUGUUCAAAGGAUACCUGAAGGACCCCGAGAAGACACAGGAAGCCCUGGACAGUGAUGGCUGGCUUCACACAGGAGACAUUGGACGCUGGCUCCCGAAUGGAACUCUGAAGAUCAUUGACCGUAAAAAGAACAUUUUCAAGCUGGCCCAAGGAGAAUACAUUGCGCCAGAGAAGAUAGAAAAUAUCUACAUCAGGAGUAGACCAGUGGCACAAGUUUUUGUACAUGGGGAGAGCUUAAGGUCAUCCUUAAUAGGAGUGGUGGUUCCUGACACAGACACACUUCCCUCGUUUGCAGCCAAGCUUGGGGUGAAGGGCUCCUUUGAGGAACUGUGCCAAAACCAAGUUGUAAGAAAAGCCGUUUUAGAAGACAUGCAGAAAAUUGGGAGAGAAAGUGGCCUUAAAUCCUUUGAACAGGUCAAGGCCAUUUUUCUUCAUCCAGAGCCAUUUUCCGUUGAAAAUGGGCUAUUGACACCAACAUUGAAAGCAAAGCGGGGAGAGCUUUCCAAAUACUUCCGGACCCAAAUUGACAGCCUGUAUGAGCACAUCCAGGAUUAGGAUAAGGUACUUAAGGCUGGAUGGGCUUGAGGCAGCCUGCCUGCCCACUCUGCACUGCUUGUGAGAACACGGAUUAAAAACUAUUCUUACAUUU